UAAAAAUAAGGUCAAUGAAGAGCAAGCUCUUUCUCUGUUUUCGUCCCAUUGUUGAGGAUUCUGUUCAUCAAAAUCAUGCUAUUGAUCAAUCUACUUCAAGUAUUAUCACAAAAAGAAGUGACAAACAUGAUCAAUUGUUUGAGUCAAAAAGUAGUAGGGGAAAUAGAAGAGACAAGUUCUUCAAACCCUUAUUAGAUGGUACAUCAAGGAAGCUAGGAAAAAUGAUCUUGAAGGGCAAUAGUAACAAGCAAAAGGAAAUUACUUCAAUUGGCACUUUAUCUAAGGGAAAUCAGCCAUCAAGGAAAAUUGCAUACAACCAAAGAGAAGCCACAAGAAGUACUUCAACAUCAUGUGAUGAAAACAAGAAAUCUAGCACAAAUAUUCAUUUGAUUGCUUUCACCUUAUUUGUGACUAUUUAUUUUGGUAGGGUUUAUGCUAUAUUUUUAACAUUAUUAUGGAUUCUAUUGUUCUCCAUAAUGCCCAAGCCAGUUUGCAGGACAGUAGAAAAAUUGUUUUUAGCUGGAUGUUGUGUAGAAAAAACAAAGGUAUAAUAAUGGAUCAUGAUGUUCUUUUGAGAUGGGAAAUGAAAAACAUGUAAAUGUACAGAUACAUAAACAUAGUA